UCGGAUGCCGAGCGACUAGGCGCUGUACUGACGGCUGCACUGAAGGCAUCGGCAGAUUUGGCACAGUCGACUGGUGAUGACAUAACCACUGGUUCGUCGAUGUACGCACUCACGGAGGAAGCAGCUCGUCGUUUGGAUCCUCAACCACCGGCACCGGCACCGGCACCGCCUGCCAGAGCUGCUGGCGGUGGUGGAGGAGCUGGUGGAGCGCCAAUGUGUCGUGUUGAUCCGUUGAAUAGGACGGAAGCGGCCUUGUCUAAGUUAGCGUUUGCGGAGGCUCCGAUGAUGCCUCGGUCCUCGUGA